ACUUCUGAUAGUGGCCACCCUCCAGCCCCUGCAGGACCUCUCCAUCCUGAGGGGAACGGCUUUGUGUUCAUCGCAACAAAAACCAAUCGGACACUCUCCAGAACGCUUUUUAUUUCCAACAGCACAUCUCUGACACUUGAUAGGCAUGGAAAAGAUUUGCUUCAUGUCAUGUCUCUUUUUCAGUUUGGCUGUUGUUGUACUGCCUCUUAAACUCAGAAAAGUCCAAGUUUACACACUACCGGUUUCGGGAGUGUUUGAAGUUGCGUCCAUGCCUUUGCCGAAUGCCUAUGGCUUGAAUGCCUCUGAAGCCAGGGAAGUGUGCACGUCUCUCAAUGUUACCAUAGCUUCAAAGAAACAAGUGGAAGAGGCGCACAGGAACGGCCUGGAGACGUGCAGGUAUGGAUGGACAGAUGAACAAAUUGCAGUCAUACCCCGAAUCAACCCGAGCAUGGCAUGCGGUCAGAACCGCAGUGGGGUUAUCGUUUGGCGAGCACCGGUUACCAAACUCUUUGAUGUCUUUUGCUUCAAUUCCUCAGCAUUAGAGAUACACUUGGAUGCCAUGGCAAUCGAAGUAUCUGUGACCUCGAAACAAGCACUUGGAUUAUCCCCGCCCUCUCCCACACCAACUUCUGAACGACUCCCCCAAUCAACAUUUUCGGCUCCGCUCACCUCUCCGUCUCUCUCUCUCUCAACGUCGCCUGCCCGUCCCGAGCAGCCUGUGCCCCAUGAGCCCAUGAGCAGCACAGAGUCGUCCUUCGGAGUGGUGCCCACUGCAGUGGUCGUAACUGCUGUCACAGUGCUUCUACUGACUGCGAUCGCAGCACUGUGGCACAACAGAAAGAGCAAGAACAGCAUCCUACUCUGGAAACGGGAACAGAGGAAGGAGGGUGCUGGCACAGAGAUGUGGAAAAGCACUUGUGAGAAGGAACUGAACCGGGAAGAGGAAGAGACGGACAGGAAGACUUCUAACAUCAGUGUGGACCCUGAGGCACAGGCAGAAUCUACAUAAGGAACAGCUUUUUAUGAAUGAUAAUGAAUGAUACUUUAAAGCUUUACAAUAAUUUAAAUAAAUGAUAAGUCAAUAUCAAUACUAUUAACUGUAUAAUUUAAUAUAGCAAAUGGCUUUAUCCAGAACAAAUUAGUAUGCAUGAAAUACAUUUGAAAUUUAACUGAAAAAACAAAGAUUUUUUUUUAGUCUAUGUAUUCUAUAAAUUGAGCUUUGUACCAGUACAUUACAGAUUCUGUCUUUUGGUUUUGUUUUAAAUGUAAUAAUAUGUAUUGGAACCUUUAUACAGUCUAUGAUUGGAACCUUUUGAAUUGUAAAUAUUUUAUGAAGUAGCCUAUACCUUUAAAUACUUGUUAAAACAGGGCUGGUCACACCUUCUCAGUGGACUGGUUCACACUGUUGUAUUUCUCAUUAAACAGCAAGUUGAUUUUGUUA